CUCUAAACAGUCUCUUCACUUUCUCCACCCACACUCUCCGGUCGGCAUCCUAAGUCCACCACCACUGUCCCCAUCCUUUCUUCUCUUUUCUCUCUCACACAGUCACACACUCUUACAUAUAUAUUUUGCUAAAUUACAUUCACACGAGCUUCUGAUUGCUUUCCUUUUCUUUUCAAUCCGCGCCGAAAGUGAAUUCGGAUUGAUCAGCCAGCAUCCCCCCCCCCCAGAAAGUUUCUUCCUUUUUUUGAGAUUAAAGUAGCAGAAAUGAGCGUCGGCAGUUUUUUGCUUAAUCGUGGAAUUUAAGCUAUAAUUUGAGCAUUUUUGGAGUGUAUUUGAAGAUCUACUGGAAGGAAUUGGAAGCAGGGGAAAAGGGUAUUAAGCUCAGCUGUUGAAGCUGGGGGAAGAACAGCAGGAUGAAGUCGAAUGCUAGGCUUGACUCGGCUGUUUUCCACCUUACUCCGACUCGAACUAGGUGCGAUUUGUUUAUUGUUGCUAAUGGAAAGAAAGAGAAAAUCGCUUCCGGCCUGUUGAAUCCAUUUCUUGCGCACCUGAAGACUGCACGGGAUCAGAUUGAAAAGGGUGGCUACUCCAUUGUCCUUGAACCAGAAAAUGUUGAAGAUGCAUCUUGGUUCACAAAGGGAACUGUGGAGAGGUUUGUUCGUUUUGUAAGCACUCCAGAGAUCUUGGAAAGGGUAGAUACUAUAGAGCUUGAGAUCCUACAAAUUCAGGAAGCAAUAACCAUCCAAGGACGCAGUGAAGCAGGCGAGAAUCACGUGGAAGACCAUGAAGGGAAGCAUAUCAAAGGAAAUGAAGGUUCGAAAACAAAUGCAGAACCUAAUGACGAGAGAGCCAUUGUCUUAUAUGAGCCUGAAGCACAUCAAGCCCAAACCAAUGGCCAAAUCUCACAGGAGGGGAAUUCGAAAGCCCAGCUUCUGAAAGUCCUGGAAACAAGGAAAAAUAUACUGCGAAAGGAACAAGGUAUGGCUUUUGCUCGUGCUAUUGCUGCUGGUUUUGAUGUUGACCAGAUGGCACUGCUUGUAUCAUUUGCUGAAUGCUUUGGAGCCUCUCGAUUAUUGAAUGCAUGCUUGAAAUUUGUUAACCUGUGGAAGAGAAAGCACGAAACUGGACAGUGGGUUGAAAUUGAAGCAUCAGAAGCAUUGGCUGGUCGAUCAGACUUCUCUGCCAUGAAUGCUUCUGGCAUUGUCUUUUCUAGACCAAUCGAUGAUAACUUGGCUUUAGAAAAUAACGAGAAAUCAGGAGGAAAACAAAAUCAUCAAGCCCCAGUAAAUCAACAAGAAUAUUUUCAGGGUCAGUUUCCCAAUGGAAUGUUCCCAUCCUGGCCUAUGCAUCCUCCUCCUGGUUCCCUGCCUAUGUUUCCGCCGUAUCCUGUACAGGGAAUGCCUUAUUAUCAGGGUUAUCCAGGAGGUGUUCCCUUUUAUCAGCCACCCUAUUCACAAGUGGAUGAUCAUCGCUUGAGUUCAAAUAAUAAGACUCCGCGGAGAAGGCAUUCUGUGGGUGGUGGAGAUGAUAACAAUGAAUCGGAGACCUGGGAGUCAGGCUCGUCCAAAUCAAGGUCAGAGGAUGACGCAGAGUUUGAAAGAGAUCCUUCAGAAUCUAGGCAAUCACGAAAGAAAUCUGGACGGUCUGGUAAAAAACAGUCCGGCACAGUUGUCAUCCGAAACAUUAAUUACAUCACUGCCAAAAAGAAGAAUACUGCCAAUUCUGAUUCAGAAUCAGGUUCUUCUGAAAGCGGGUCAGAUGGUGAAGAUAUUCAGGGAAAUGAUGGCGGUAAAACCUCAAGAUCUUCCAAAAGGAGAGGAAGCCAUCCAAUGGUUGGGGAAGAUUAUGAGAGAGAGAAUUUCAAUGAAAAGGAAACAGAUGGUGGACACUGGCAAGCAUUUCAGAGUUUUCUACUAAAAGGCGUGGAUGAAGAAAGUCAUACAGCUAAGGAAGGUAUGUUCGCCAUGGAAAAUGCUGGUAAAACAAAGAGACGACAAAAUAAUGUUGUUGAUGAUCCAUUGGCUCUCGGUGGACUAGAAUCGUCUGUAACACAAGAUAGAAGGAUGGGCACAUUGAAUGAAGUUCAUGGCAAUAGGUCUCGUCUUCGUCGAGGAUCAGAUGACGGUGUAAUGCUUUCUGGAGGAUAUAAUGAUGCCAGAGGAACUGAUGAUCAAAUCGAUAUGCAUUCUGCUGAGACAAAAGGGAGAAGAGUCAUUUCUAGGAACACUAAUGAUGAUUUUAUGAUUGGCCGUCGAGAAGAUUAUCCAGAACAUGGUUCCUUGGAUCCGCUGUCAGUUAAUAGAUUUGACCGGGUUAACAGUAAGUUAGGGGGAGAAUCAUCCCGGGGUACUAUGGAUGAGUCUUUCAUUGUGCCAUUUAGGUCUAUGUCAUUGGAUGGAGCACUGGAGGAUCGAGCUGUCAUUGAUAUGAAUAAUGAGAUGCCAUCAGGUGAACAAAAGUCUGAAAACAUAUCUGGAGGGAAGAGGAGACAUGUUUAUGAGCCGGAUGAUGUUAGUUUGAUUCCAGAACGUGACACAGAAAAUAAUAUUGGGUAUGAUCCGGCUUUGGACUAUGAAAUGCAUGCUGGCUUGGAUAACGGCGCAAAGCAAACCACCAAUGGCAAGGCAAAUACAAAAAAGUCGGUCAAUGGUCGGAAUGUGAAAGGUACUUCAGAUACGCUGGACAAGAAAAGGGUUGGAGGACCUAUAAGAAAAGGGAAACCAUCCAAGACAAGUCCUCUGGAGGAUGCACGGGCACGUGCUGAUAAGAUACGGGCCUUUAAGGCUGACGUACAGAAAUUGAAGAAAGAGAAGGAAGAGGCUGACCUCAAAAGGCUGGAAGCUCUUAAGUUAGAAAGGCAAAAGAGGAUUGCUGCAAGAGCCAACUCCACAACUGCUGCAUCAACUUCAGCGUCUUCGCAAACGAGAAAAUUGCCUUCAAAACCCUCUCCCAUCCCUUAUAAAGGAUCUAAGUUCAGUGAUUCAGAACCUGGGUCAUCGUCACCUCUACAGAGAUCAAAAGUCAGAACUUCUGUUGGAUCAAAUGAUUCUCGUAAAUCCUCUAAACCAAGCAAACUAUUUGGAGGCAGCCCCUUGCCUGGAACUAGGUUAACUAGAUCAGUAUCAUCAUUGUCUGAACAAAGGAAGGAAAGUAGUGGUGUGACACCUGAUUCGAAGGCAUCCAUUGCUCGUAUUAAACGGUUAUCUGAGCCCAGAAACGUUAGCAAUCAGUCUGCUACUUCAACAAAGGUGCAACCCAGAUCAGCAUCAAAAUUAAAGUCAUCUGAGGGACCUGAUGGCAAAAAAAUCUCUGCUAUUAUGAACCUCGACAAGAGUAAGGGUGCAACUCUUCCUGAGCUGAAGCUUAAAACACCCACGGGACAGUCAAAUGCAUUCCAGAACAAGGCACUUGCUGGGAAAAACCCCCUAAAGAAUGAUGAGGUCAAGCAUUCUGCUCCUUCUGGACCUUCUGAGCCCUUUAUUGACAAUUCCAAGCUAUCUCAGGAUAGUGACAUUGAUGAUAAUCCGAUUGUGGAGAAAAAUAUAGUUGUUCUGGAGAAUGAUAAGCCCUCUACUUCAGUUGUAGAUGCUUCCGUGCAGAAUUUUGGACCGCAGAACCUACAUUUUGAAAGUCAUGAAAUGCCACAGGAGUCGCAAGGAGUACCUCGGUAUGCUGCAGUACCUGAACCUCCAGCCUCUAAUGGGGUUCGUAAAGUAACAGUGCCUGGCCAAUUACAACUGCAUUCCGAUAUUAUUGAGGUAAAGUCAAGUUCUGUGGAAGAUUUAUCCAAAACUGUGAAACAUACGCCUGCUGAAAAACCUUAUGCCGCCCCUUAUGCUCGAGCAUCUUCUUUAGAAGACCCUUGCACGAGAAAUACAGACUACAGCAAGGCACCCCCAUUAAGCUCCGGAAUCACACCAGCGGUAAAAGUUCAUGUACCUAGUGAAAGAUCUCCUCAAGUUGAUUUCAUUCCAGAAUCUUUAGCCCAAAUUCAAGUAAAAGAGUCGCCGAAAGGUUUAAGACGGCUUUUGAAGUUUGGGAAGAAGAGCCAUAGUUCAGCCGCUGCUGAUCAAAGCAAUGAAUCUGACACAGCAAGUAUCAAAGGUCAUGAUGCGGGAGCUAAAGUUGCAACCAGUGCUUCCAGUGAAGCUCAUACAUUGAAGAACCUGAUAUCUGAAGAUGAAACAAACACUCCUGGCAAGGCUUCACACAAAUGUAAGUAUGCUAUCUAUGGUCUGUAGUCUCUACGUUAUUAGAAAAAGUGUGGAAAUUGCAGAUCACUCACAUAUUUGUCUCUGUGCACAGCUUCCCGCCAUUUCUCUUUGUUGUCAUCUUUCCGUAGCAAGACAAGCGAAAAGAGGAUGUCGACGUAAGGUGGUUAUCACUCAGAAAAUUUUGCUGCCACGUUCCUUUGGGUAACAUUUGGGGAAUUCUUGAAGAACUGUUUUGUUUGUACGAAAUUGUGUAUAUACAUUCCCAUCCUUGUUUGAUAUUUUGUAAUGAAGUGUUUUUACAACUCCUCCUCCUUCAUUUUCAGAUUUCGCUUAAUUAUGUAGCUUGUUGUCCAUGCACAUGUACUAGGAUUUGGAGCGUUUAUUUUGGUUCUGCAUUUGAAGAAAUGAAAGAAACGCAGGUACAAAACAAGGAGCAUCCUGGCAACUCCAUUUUAGUAAAACUAGGAAGAAGUCAAAAGAACUACAGACUAUACUUAAAAUACACAAUAACUUUUAGUUCAUUUUCUAUCUUUCCGUUUUGCACUAUUUUCAAAGCAUUUGCAUGAGCAUUCCCAGGAAGCAAAAUGCUCUGAUAAUCAAGAAGGUAAUAUUUCCU